AAUUCGUAAACGAACGAUUUGCUUUGAACUAAGUUUAUUAGUGUUCUGCUAUAAAAGUAUCUUACAAUAAUAGUAUGACCAUAUAAAUUGGUGAUGUGUGUUAUUUUAGUAAAGUAAUAACUGGAUGAAAGUGUGUCAACGCAAGACGAUAGACACAGAGAAGAUGUCUUCUGUCGGGGACACCGCCUGUGCAGACUUGAGUGAGAAAAAAGAUAACGAGAAAAAGAAGAGAUCCCGGGUGAAACAGCUGCUGUCUGAUGUGAAGAAGCAGGUGGAAUUUUGGUUUGGUGAUGUGAAUCUUCACAAGGACAGAUUCAUGAAGAGUAUCAUUGAGCAAUCACGAGAUGGAUAUAUUGACAUUGCCGUCCUGACAACGUUUAACCGAAUGAAAAACCUAACUGCAGAUGUCAAAUUGAUAGCCAGGGCUCUUAAAAACUCAACAAUAGUAGAGGUUAAUGAUGAGGGAACUCGUAUACGACGAAAGGAACCACUUGGUGAAACCCCAAAAGAUGUGGACAGUCGCACAGUUUAUGUGGAGCUGUUGCCAAAGACAGUCACUCACAUUUGGCUGGAGCGAGUGUUUAGCAAAUGUGGACAUGUGGUUUAUAUUAGUAUCCCCAGGUACAAGUCCACAAGGCAUUCUAAAGGAUUUGCAUUUGUGGAGUUUGAGACGCAAGAGCAAGCACAAAAAGCUGUUGAGAUGCUGAACAAUCCUCCAGAAGAUGCUCCAAGGAAGCCAGGAAUCUUCCCAAAGACUUGUAGGAAAAAGGCUGUCCCUUUUGAUGCUGUCACACAGGACAAUGAUGAGGAUGGGAAGAAAAAGAAGACGGAGCUUAAAAACAGUACUUCAGAAGAAACUGGAAGUAAUAAUAUGGAUCAAGACGGAAUGUUAGAGAGCACAGUUACCAGUGAACCAAACCUUGCAACGUUGACAAGCACAGUAAGCAAGAAAGCCAAGAAGAAAAGAUUGCGUUCUCAGAGUUUUGAGGCAUCAUCUGGGGAAGACCAAUAUGAAAUGUCAUCCAAAAUGAGGAAAGUUGAAGAGGAAAAAAGCGAAUUGAAAGAUCUAUCAUCUGAGAACAAGAAUGAAGAGUUGAACAGCUUGAAGAAGAAAGAUGAUUCUGUUUUGAAGGCCAAGAGGAAGAGAAAGAAGAAGCUCAAAGAGAGAUUGAAAGUAGGGGAGGAAGUCAUCCCUCUCAGAGUCCUCUCAAAGAAGGAGUGGUUGGACCUGAAGCAAGAGUAUCUCACACUGCAGAAGCGCUGCAUGGCCCAUCUGAAGCAGUCAGUUUUUCAGAUCAAUCAAAAGCCAACAAACUAUCACAUCGUGAAGCUUAAAGAGGAUGACACGAAUGCUUUUUAUAAAGAUACACCUAAGAAAGAGCUCACUUCUGGUCCUGAGUUUUUAAGUGGUGUCAUUGUCAAGAUUAGCUAUAACCAACCUCUGCCGAGCAAGAGGUGCAUCAAGGAUAUGCUAUCUGAGCUGUCCCCUGUGGCUUAUGUGGACCUUCUUGAUGGAGAUACAGAGGGUCAUGUUCGCUUUAAAAGUUCUGAAGAUGCACAGAAAGUCAUUAAAGCACGAUUUGAAUUUCAGAAAAAAUACAACUGGAACCUUGAACUCCUUUCUGGUGACCAUGAAAGAAGGUACUGGCAGAAGAUUUUGGUGGACAGACAAGCAAAGCUGAACACUCCUAGAGAAAAAAAGCGUGGAACAGAAAAGCUCAUUUCUAAAGCUGAGAAAAUCAUCAUUGCUAAGGCCAAGGAAGCAAGCAAUCACAUCCGCUUUGAUGAUUAACUGGGUGACAAAAUGUAAAAGGUCGUUUGAAAUGAUCUGAUUUAAUCUGUACAUUUGUUUGCAUUUUUUAUAUAUACUGUAACAAUCUUUAAUUGAGUCAUUGAUGUUAUCAUUAUUAUUAUUUUAUUCUUUACAAGUUUCAUUAUUCCUAUUUGAUUGGUUUUGAAUAAAAGUUUUUUAAGCAGUUGA